AUGCCAGACCUGCCCCCCAGCUACAGCGCCCUCUCCCUCCCGGGCAUCCUUCUCUCCCACCACCCUGCCUCCUCCCCAACGCCGACACCCGUCAUCAUCCUCGCCCUGCACCGCCCAGCCGCCCGCAACGGCUUCACCGACGAGCUCGCGGCCUCCCUCAUCACGGCCUUUGACACGCUCUCCCGCGAUGACAGGGUCAAGGCCAUUGUGCUCACCUCCUCCGACAAGACCAACAGGAUCUUCUGCGCGGGCAUGGACUUCAACGCCAAGGGCGAGCGAGUCAGCCCAACGGCCCGCGAGCACCGCGACGGCGGCGGCACGGUCACCCUGGCCAUGCACAACUGCCACAAGCCCAUCGUCGCCGCCAUCAACGGCAGCGCCGUGGGCGUAGGCAUCACCAUGACGCUCCCGUGCGCGAUACGCGUCGCCAGCAAGGACGCCAAGGUUGGCUUCGUCUUUGCGCAGCGAGGCUUCAACAUGGAGGCCUGCUCGUCCUUCUACCUCCCCCGGCUCGUGGGCACGUCACGGGCGUUGCACCUCGUCACCACGGGCGCCGUGUACCCGGCCACGUCGCCUCUCUUCUCGGAGCUGUUCAGCGACGUCGUGCCCGCGGACGAGGUCCUUCCCACGGCGCUCGGGUACGCGGAGGGCAUCGCGCGCAACGUGAGUACCGUGGCGGCGCGGGUGAUGCGGGACAUGAUCUACCGGGGCCCGCGCUCGCCUGAGGAGGCGCACCUGCUGGAGAGCAGGGUCUUCUUUGACCUGUACCAUGGGGCGGAUAGCAAGGAGGGCGUCGCGAGCUUUCUGGAAAAGAGACCACCCAAGUUCGGGAUGAGCAUGGAGAGGGAUGCGCCGAGCGCGUGGCCGUGGUGGGAUGCGCUGGAAGUCAGGUCUAAGGCGAGGCUGUAG